GGGCUCGGUGCUUAGUGUGCAUGAACUCACGGCCAGACAGGGCGGACUGCGACCGUGAUAAAUAUUUGCCUAUAUCGCAGCGGCCGCAUUGCAUUCCUGCAUAGCUUGCCGCUGCAUCUACACCAUGGCCGCCGCGUCGCGUUCUCCUUCGUGACAGAUGCAGCAUGUGGCUCCUGCUCGUUCCUGGCGCUGUGUCAGAAAAGAUUUCCUUCGUCUAUUUCGACACGUCCGAUGUAGAGACGCGCAUAACAUCUUGGAGAUGCUGCACUACCAAAAUUGAUCGCUAGAGAACAUAGCCCUUGAAUACAACGUACCUUGUAACUUUACCUUUGGUUCUCGUGCGCCAUCGCGGCAUAUAGUCAACUCGACAAAGCGUUUGCCAAGGAGAUCUUUAUCGACCCUCGACGCCAUGUCUCAGAGGCAGCGGGACUCCGGCAAGGCCGCAUACAUCGUGCUCAGUGCCGUGCCCUACAAUGCAGGCUGGGUAAACUACGUGGCCGAUAAAAUGAAGACAGUGUACAGACCAGACCUGUUCGUUUCACAAGGCCACUACACGUACGGAGACAACGAGGCCAUAACCUGUGCAGUCGUGCCUCCGACUUCUCUCUCUCGGCCCAACAAGCUCCUUGGAUACGCACACGACUUGAACACUGCAGCUUUGGCUCUGCAACAGCUCGAGUCUCAAGGCGCAUCUGCUCGUUGGUCCAUAUCAGUGGGCAUGAAGGGGCGUUUGGCCUCGCCCCUACCCAAGUUCCCGCUCGAGAUAUUUUCACCCUGCUACCAGAACCCGGUGGCUCCUGCCUUUGACACGUACACCGAGGUCUGCAACAACCAGCAGCUUUGGCAGAAACCGGCUUAUGACACCGAACACGACGCCAUGCUUACCAGGAACACCAAAAUGAAUAUGAUGUUCGUGUACGACAACGAACAGUCCCUCUGCAGAAAGCUCUGCAGGGUGAAGGCAAACUACACGAAACUCCGGUUCGGUCUGGCUGCGUUCGACCUAGACUACGAGGACUACAGUAACUCUUGCCGCCAGGAAAAUAAGUUCAGUGCAUUCAGCCGCCUGCAGACGCUGCGCAAGCUGGUUGACUACUUCAGGGACCAUUUUGAGAAACGAAUCGACGAGCCCGGCUGCAUUGCGCUGGUGCCCACGUAGAGGCAGCUAUGCAAACCCGCAGAGCGUUUGCUAUAUGAACUAAAGUAUCCUUAUCUUCUAAGCAUCAUAUCUUUAUCACACUACUUGGAGGAUACUAUACGAUAGUGGCA